AUAGUUUUCGCAAUUAUUAUUCCAUGCCUCGGCUUUUCUGUGAGGAGACGCUGCUCGAUCGGCUGAGCGAGAAACCACUAGUUUGCUUGCUGCAACUCGAGCUCGCUGGCCCACGGGGGAAUAUCGACAGCUUAUGGACCGACCCACAGGACACCUGCUGGAUGAGAUCUCGUUCAUUCUGAUGAAUGGGAAUUUCAUCCCGCUCACUAAUUUUAGGGACACUUCUGAUUAGUGCGAGGAUGAGUUCGACAGCCAUCAUGGGUGACUCAGGGUUGGAAACAGAAGUGAACGACAGCUCACUCGAAUCCAUUGCUGUUAAGGAAGAGAACAUUGAAGACUUCUAUGCGGAAAGCUACCACGAAAUAAAAGAUGAAAUUAGCAAGUGUAAAGGCGAAGAUAAUAGUAGUUAUAUAAAGGCCGAAAUUACUGACGAUGUAAUAGAAGGCAGCACUGACUACUUAAAAGAUGAAAUUAGCAAUGAUAUAGGUGGAGACAACACUAUUUAUGUAAAAGCUGAAACUAAAGAGGAUGUAGGUGAAGACAGUUCUGCCUAUAAGAAGGCUGAAGUCAAUGAGGGCGUAAAUGAAGACAAUUCUAUCUACAUAAAGGAUAAAAGUAGCAAGGAUAUAGGUGACGAUAAUUCUGUCUUUAUAACGGCUGGAGAUGUAAAUAUAAGUGGAUUUCCAAAACUAGAAAGAAUAAAUUAUAUAUCUACGGACAGAAACAAAAGCAACUCGAAUUUACUGUGUGAAGUUGAAGAUCCAUUAAAAGUAGAACAGUUUGUAAUUGAGAAAUGUGAGGACACAGGCUCAGGAGAUAGUUAUCAGACGACAGUUAAAGGUGUUGGUGAAGAUAGGGAAGAAAAACACUUUGUCUGUCACAUAUGCAGCCUUCAGUUUUCUUGCAAUGCUCGUUUGUCAGUUCAUGUGAAAGUGCACACUAAAGGAAGGCCGCAUAGUUGUGAGGUUUGUAGCAAGGCGUUCUAUCGCAAACCCCAUCUGACUCGCCAUAUGAGAGUGCAUACGAAAGAAAAACCUUAUAGAUGUGAGGUUUGCAGUAAGGCAUUCUCGCAGAAAAUUACGCUAUUGACUCAUACUCGAGUACAUACAAAGGAGAAACCUUAUAAAUGUGAAGUCUGUAGUAAGGCAUUUUCACAGAAAACUGCCCUUGUGAGUCACACGAGAGUGCAUACAAAAGAGAAACCUUACAUAUGUGAUGUCUGUACUAAGUCAUUCGCACAGAAAACUGCUCUUGUAAUUCACAUGAGGAUACACACACACGAGAAACCUUAUAAAUGUGAAGUAUGCAGUAAGUCAUUCUCUCUGAAAGGUACUUUAGUGAAUCACACUAGAGUGCAUACAAGAGAAAAACCUUAUAUAUGUAAUUUAUGUGGUGCUGCAUUCUCGUACAAAAGUAGUCUAGAGGAACACACAAACGAAGUGCAUGUGAAAAAGAAGCCUUAUCCCUGCGAGGUAUGUAACAAAGCUUUUGCAGGAAAGAGAGCUCUAGGAAAGCACAUGGCAGUGCAUACGAAAGACAAACCUUUUAAAUGUGAAGUUUGCACUAAGUCUUUUUGUUAUAAACACCAUCUAGUGCACCACGUGAGAGUACAUACAAAGGAGAAACCCUAUCAAUGUGAUUUGUGUAGUAAGACAUUCUCACAGAAAACUACUCUAGUGAUUCACAUGAGAGUACAUACAAAAGAGAAACCCUAUAAGUGUGAAGUAUGUAGUAAAGCAUUUUCUCUGAAAGGUACUUUAGUGAAGCACACCAGAGUACAUACAAAGAGGAAACCUUAUUUAUGUGAUAUAUGUGGUAAAGGAUUCUCUAGCAAAAGUCGUUUAAUGGAGCAUGGAAAAGCAUUACAUAGAGAAGAGGAGCCAGACAAUUGAGCUAAGUAGAAAACAUCGAUACAGGAAGGAAUUCUGGGAAGCCCCAUGCCAGUGCACGGAAAUGAGAAGACUUUUAAACGUGAAGUUUGCAGAAAUGCAUUGUCAAAAAAGAAAAGAAAAGGUACUAGUGCAUGUGAGAGUACAUAUAAAUAUCUUUGGCAGUGUGGGAUCGGACUCAAGGUCAUUUCUCUGGAAAGGGAAACUUGUGACUCACCACAGACUCUAGAGUAUUCUGACUCACCAAUAUUUUUUGAGAGAGAGAAAAAAAUAGUGGUUGCCAGGAGAUAGCAAAGAGAACAGAAGCCUUAGUCUACAUGUACAAAGUAAGCCUUCAUUUUGAAGAUUCAUAGUAUACACAGAUGAGGCAAUGAAUGCUAAAACUGGAGAAAGUUACACGAUUCAAGCUCAAAGGCUGGUGUGUAUGUAAACGUGUGACGUUCAUCACCUCUUCAUGGUUUGCAUUGAGCUUUUAACUCGGUGACUUUUUUUCUGUACUUUGAGAUCGAAUGUCAACUUUCACUAAAAAAAACUGGCACAUCAUUUGGUAAUUACUUUUGUUUUGUGAUUUUCCUGUACUUAGUAUGUACUUUCACAGAGCUUUUGAAGUAAUAAAGCAAUAUUGCUAUUA